AUGUGUUCACCGUCUGCGCACCGCUUCUUGGCUGUGUACCUCACGCUGUUUGGAUACCUUGGGGACGUUUACGCGGGGACAGUCCUGAUGAACUCCAACGCCAUCAAGAACUUACCCGUAGCUUCGGGGGGCAAAGGAGUCAACACUGUCAGCCCGAGUCCGCGCACCUCGCCCUCCGGGGGCAUGGCACACAAGUUGCCCGUGGACACCUUGCAGCCGGGUGUUUGCACUGACGAUGAAGACUGCGGAGGUGAUGAAUUCUGCAAUGACGCCCGAGGCGCCUGUCUGCCCUGCCGUAAGAGCCGGAAGCGUUGCGCACGGGACUCCAUGUGUUGUGCAGGGACCCGCUGCAGCAAUGGUGUAUGCCAGGCAAAUGAUAUAGAUGGCACAGAUGCAUCCAUCCUCCCUGACGUGCACAAACAAAACAACACCAUGGAGCAUCAAGCCAAGAAGCCUCCCACUGCCCACGUCCAUCAGCCUCAUGCUGUGAAAGGCCAGGAGGGGGACAAUUGUCUGAGAUCCGCAGACUGCUCCGAGGGUCUCUGCUGUGCCAGACACUUCUGGUCUCGCAUCUGCAAGCCCGUGCUGACGGAGGGCCAGGUGUGCACGCGCCACCGCAGGAAAGGCACCCAUGGCCUGGAGCUGUUCCAGCGCUGCGACUGUGGCGACGGCUUGUUGUGCCGACAGGAGAAAGGGGAGAGGGACCACAGUGUCAGCAGGACUGCAGCACGGAACCUACACACCUGUCAGAGACGCUGA